ACUCAGCCUUGCAAAUUUCUUUCUUGAAAUUUUCUUCAUUCUCUAGAUCACCGUCUGCUAGUUGGCGUAAAAGUUCUAGAAAAUUUAGUUUUUAAGGCGAAUCAGGAUCCCCAAAAAUCUUUGUAAGCCAUCUAGGUACAGGUACCUAGAUAACGGGGGGAACUUUUCCUUAAAGUAAGAAGAAGUGGAAGGCACGCAACUACGAACUACUGCCCCGCCAAAUAUUUUCCUACCCUGAAAUCCACUUUACUUCUACGCCAUAAUCUGGAAUCUUCAAAGUUUCCAAAAGAAACACCAACCAAUCCUUUUCAUUAUACUUUGGAUUCUUGAUCAUGGCUACACCAGGAUCAAGUUCAGAUGGCGAUGAUAUCGAAUUGUACGAGCUUCUUGGCGUCGACAAGAGCGCAAGCCAAAAUGACAUAAAGAAGGCAUACCGAAAGCUUGCGCUUCAACAUCACCCUGACAAAGUUCCCGAAGACCAGCGAGCAGAGUCCGAAGUCAAGUUCAAGACCGUCACGCAGGCGUACGAGAUUCUGCGAGAUGAGGAUAAGCGUGCUCUUUACGACAAGCAUGGCAUGGCUGCAUUCGACCCUACACGAGGAGGAGGUAUGGGUGAAGAGGUGGACAUCAAUGAUAUCCUAGCACAGAUGUUCGGAAUGGGAGUGGGCGGCGGCAUGGGAGGCAUGGGAGGCAUGGGUGGCAUGGGCGGUGGCAUGGGUGGUCCUGGAGGUGGCCCCAGAAGACCCCGACGUGGCCCUGACGAGGAGUCCAAGUAUACCGUCAGCCUCGAAGACCUAUACAAGGGCAAGACCGUUAAAUUUGCUGCCAACAAAAAUGUCGUCUGUGGUAACUGCAAAGGGACUGGUGGCAAAGAGAAGGUGAAGCCUCAGCAAUGCGAUCGUUGCAAGGGUCAUGGUGCUGUAGAAGCCUUCCGCCAAGUCGGACCCGGUCUAGUCACCCGCGAAACCGCUGUAUGUGAUAGGUGUCAGGGUUCCGGUAACUACUUCAAGGAGAAGGACCGAUGCAAGAAGUGCAAGGGCAAGCGAACCGUCCCAGAGACGAAGCCUCUCGAGAUCUACAUACCUCGUGGCUCACGCCAGGGAGAACGAAUCGUGUUGGAGGGUGAAGCCGAUCAACACCCCGAUCAAACCCCUGGCAAUCUCGUAUUCGUUCUCGAAGAAGAAUCUCACGAUGUGUUCAACAGAAUCGGAGACGACCUGUCUGCUGAUCUAGAAGUCACCCUCGCCGAAGCCCUGUGUGGGUUUUCACGCGUCGUCGUCAAGCAUCUUGAUAGCCGAGGAAUUCAUAUCAAUCAUCCGCGAGGCAAGAUUCUGCACCCAGGCCAGGUGCUCAAGGUGGAAGAGGAGGGUAUGCCGCAUAAACGAGGAGAUAUCAAGGGCGACCUUUAUCUCAUCAUCAAGAUCGAGUUUCCUGACGAUGGAUGGCUCAAGGACGAUGCUGCGUACGAGUCUCUUCAGAAGCUCUUGCCAGGUCCCCCACCCGAGAUCAAGGUCGAUGAAGUUGACGAAGUCUCUUAUGACGAAGAUGCUGAUAUUGACGAGAUGGGUGCAAACUCAGGAGAUCCGCGAUUCGGAGACGGUUGGGAGGACGACGACGAAGAGGCUGGCGGACAGCCUCAAUGCGCGCAGCAGUAACGAGUUAUGAGAUAUGACCUUUGAUUCGGCAGAUUGGAAAAAGCCUGACGCAAGCCAUAGAUUUGUAAUGGAACUUGGGGUUUCUAUAAGUUGGUUUGGGUUGGUUUUGCCAUAAAUAAGACAUGGGGAGGAAGGAGGACAGGAUAAAGAAGGACAACAGUCAGGGGAAAAUUCAGGUAUGAUUUUCUCCCAAUGGAUAGUUCAUCGGUAUAUCUCUUUCUCUACACCUAUACGGCAAAUUCUGGGUAAGACGGAACUUUCUAAGUAUCGUCUACCAUUGAUACUCCGUAAUUCAUAGACCAGACACUUCUACCUUGGUGAAAAUAGUGUCAUUGGGAAGACUAGUGUGCUUUGAGAUACAGGCAUAAUUAUGCCAAGAAACUGCAUCAACGGAUUCCAUGUGAAUCUAAUGAUGCGAGCAUGUUAAUUAUUUUGAAAUAUUAAGAGACGUUAUCUACGUAUCAA